AUGAAGGUUAAUCAAACAGCAGAGAAAAGGUAUGGGCUGUUACUAGCGGCAAAUGAUUCCGAGUACGUGAAGGAAACGUAUGGCGGCUACUUCAAUGUGUUUGUAGCAGCUUUUGGUGAAGAAGGAGAAAGAUGGGACUUGUUUAGGGUUGUUGAAGGAGAAUUUCCAGACAUGAAUGAUCUUCACAAUUAUGAUGGUUUCGUCAUCAGUGGAAGCCCUUUCGAUGCUUAUGGCAAUGAAGCCUGGAUUCUCAAACUUUGCUUUCUCUUGCAAACCCUAGACUCAAUGAACAAGAAACUUCUUGGAAUUUGCUUCGGUCACCAGGUUCUGUGCAGAGCAUUGGGUGGAAAAGUAGGAAAAUCUUAUAGUGGUUGGGAUCUUGGGCUAAGAAAAGUGAAGAUAAUGAAAGACGACUCCCCAUGCAGCUUUCUUGAUGGUUUGGAUGAAAAUCUACCGGCCCUUUCAAUCAUUGAGUGCCACCAAGACGAGGUGUGGCAAGUUCCUGUGGGUGCUAAAGUGAUGGCUUGUUCAGAGAAAACUGGUGUGGAGAUGUUCACAAUUGGAGAACACAUUUUAGGGAUUCAAGGCCAUCCGGAGUACACCAAAGACAUCCUUAACAAUAUCAUUCAGCGUCUUCUAAAUAACAACUCUAUAGAGAAAACUUUUGCGGAAGACGUGAAAUCAAAAAUACUGCUAGCUGAACCGGAUAGGAAGUGCUGGGGAAGGAUUUGCAAAAGUUUUCUCAACGCUAGAUAGGAACUAAAGACAACAUCACAUGAUCAUAUUUUCACAAGGGCCUGAUUUUUUUUUUUCAUCAUUUGUUCAAUUAAUUUGUAAUUACCAGUUACUAAUUAAUGUUUUAUAUUUAAACUAACCAAAUUUGGUUUAUUAGCAUAAAUAAGUUUGAUUGCAG